AUGCUGCUCCAAGCCACUCCAUAUGGAGCAGUCAAGGUUUUGCUCCAAGUCACUCCAUAUGGAGCAACCCAGGUUUUACUCCAGGUCACUCCAUAUGGGGCAACCCAGGUUUUACUCCAGGUCAUUCCAUAUGGAGCAACCUGGGUUUUGCUCCAGGUCACUCCUUAUGGAGCAACCCGGGUUAUAAGAAAUAACUUUGCUCCGG